CAAAAUGUCUCGUAUAGGCUAAAAUGGCAGUUCUCGCCGAUAAUAUGCGCUAUUCUUAUUAAUGUAAAUAAUAGAAAGUACACUGUUAUAGAAAGAUACCUCAAAGGAAUUAUCAAGUAAGUAAUGUUUCCACUUAUUUACCUUUUCAAGAAAUGAUCACUUCUUGUAUUUAAUGGGAAAUCAUGAAGUUAUUGGUCACGUGCCCCGGGUUGAACCACGUGGCCGUUGAUUAAUCAGUUUUUUGUCAAAUUUGGAUGAAAAGCGUGACGAGUACUUUAUUGUUUCAGAUAAUUUAGGAAAUUUCUAUCGUAUUAGUAGCAAUUACACCAAUGAAUAACGCUGAAAUAAGUAUAGAAGAGGUGCUUUCAUCCGAUAAGCAACCUACUAGUAUUAUUAUGGAUUGUGACAUAUUUGAAGAUCAUCACUUAAAGAGCAUGGAUUCUUAUGGAAUAGAUGAUUUAUCCGCUAAUAAUCUUGAUAAUAUUUCAACCAAUGGUGAAAUACAAGCGUUCGACUCGGAGGGUUUAUUAAAUCAAUUUGAAUCUUACUGCAAUACGAAUACAUUACAAUGCAUAGAUAACAACAAAUUGACUGUAACCAAGCCCGACAUUAAUGCUGUUGUAAUGUUUGAACAACCCCGAGCCGUGUCACUUCUGCAAAAAAGAGAAAAUUGCAAAACAAAAUGCAUCAUACCAAAAAGGGCGAAACGAGAGGUUAUCGUAAAAAAGGCCAACUAUAAAAUAUUGAAAGAUGCUCUUUCAAAAAAUUCAUUACCUUACCAAGAUACUGUUUGUGAAACAGAUAGUUAUUUCGGUGAUCAUAAUUACUCUCUCCCACCUUGGAAGGAUUCUAACCUUUUAUUUCUGUGGGGUAAUAAUCAGGAUGACAAUGUAAACUACAUAGACAGCUAUAAAGAUAAUAAGGAAGCCAUAACUAUGGAAGAUGAUAAUAUAGAGAAUAUGCAUAAUAUGGAUACAUCAAUACUUUUUGACCAGAGGCUAAGCUACAUUGAAAAUAAUGAUUUUGAAGAAUCAUCGGAUAUUGUAGAUAAUUCAUUGGUUGAUAGUAAAGAGAGACUUAGAGAACUAAUAUCUCAAUGCAAUAGCACGAAUAUUAACGAAUCUAUGCAACAUUACGAUAAAGAUAACAAUUCUGUCUCAGAUAAAAAACAUAAUAAAAUUAUUAAGGAAGAGAAUAUUAAAUCAGAUAAAACUGCAGAAGACUUUAUAAAAGAGCUUUCGAAAGAAAAUUUAGUGCGUAAAAUUCCUAAGAAAAUCAAGAGAGCAACAUCUGCCGAUACUAUUAUAGAAACUAACGAACAAGUAGAAAGAAAUAACAACUCUGAUAGUUCUAAUAAUGCCAGCAACAAAGAUGCUAUCAGAAAUAUCAAAUUAAAGCUAAAUAAGAAACGUAAAAGUUCGACCGAUUUAAAUAUUCCUAAACGGAAACCAAUUAAGAAACGAAGAGAAUCUAUUCAUAGAUUUAAAUCGUUUGAAGAAAAGAAACAUGAAACAACUCGUGUUCGUAGAAUUUCCAAGUCAGAAGAAAAGACUCUAGAUUCUAAAACAUUUUACAAUCAUAAUAAAAAACUUAUAUCAAAACGAGAGAGUAAGAACGUGAGUAAGGACGAAUUUCUUGCUAAAAUCAUGGCUCGUUGGAAAAAGGAAUCAGUCAAAAGCAAUACUCCUGUUGACAUGGAAAUAUGCAGUGAUAAAGAAGAAGAGGAAAAAGACGAGAAAGAAUGUGAAGAAGUUAGUACUGAUGAGCCAAUCGGUGAGAUAACAACGCAUGUUGACGGUACGCCUAUUGUUGACGGUCUAAGCGGAUGUUUGAAAACCGCAAAGCCGAAGCUAGUAGUAUUUAAAGAUAUAGAACCUUCAAAAAAGAAUACGAAGAAAAAGGCUCUAACUUGGGAACAAUAUAGGGCAAAAAAACAAAAGUCAGGCAGUCAGGUUGAAAAUAACAAUGGUGAAGACGAUAAGAAGUCAGGUGGCAGUCGUCUUGAGACUGAAGUGAAAGAAGAACAGGCAGCCAGUUUAGAUUCAGACUUGGAGCCAGGUGAAAUUAUAUGUGAUAUAACUAGUUCAAUGAACGAAGACGUAAAUAUGGAUAAAGUUGAAAAAGUUAUUGAUAAUGACAAAACAGAAUCAAAUAUUUCGAACGAUGAUAAAACUCGAAUUUCCUUAGGAGAGAAUGAGGACGAAGCAACUGAUGAAGUUGAGUCUCUUGUUAGGUGCUAUGAUCGUUUACAGGAAUCUGAGACCUCGACUACAAACGAAGAUGCAAGCAAUAAACAAGCACAUAAUAAUUCAGGAAGUGUUUUCAACAAAGUUGAAAUUUCGUUUAUUGACAAAAAAUCAUCAGAAAAGAAACAUUCUUCUCUAAUAUUUUCUAAAAGGGAUUCUAGCCCAAUAUCAACAGACUUGCAUAAUAAACUGCCCGCCUAUCAUUCCGAUUUCAGCAAUAGCACUAAAUUUGAUGAAGAUGACUUAAAUGAUUCUUAUUCUUUCUCGAGAUCUUGUUCAUCAGAGAGUGAAUCUUCCUAUAGCUCUUCCUCCGAUUCGUCUUCGGAAGACGAAAGAGAUCGCGAAAGGCGAUAUAGAAGACGAAGGAAAAGCAGCUACAGCUUUUCAUCCGGAUCUUCCGGUUCUUGGUCUAGAAGUAGAUCUCAGUCUCCAGAUAUUGACAAAUGGCAAAGCUCUGUUCAGGAAGAAAGACGCCGUAAAAAGCAGGAUCAAAUUGAACAAAGACGGAUAGUCUACGUUGGACGAUUGCCAGACAGCAUAACGAAGAGAAUCUUACGUGAAAAUUUUGAGCAAUUCGGAAAGAUCGAAUGCUGUAGUCUACAUAUGAGAGAGUGCGGGGAUAACUACGGCUUUGUAACUUUCGUUUCAAAGGAAGAUGCUUUUACAGCAAUAGAACGAGGAAAUCAAUGUAAAGGAAUGGAAAAAUAUGAUUUAUGUUUUGGUGGUAGACGACAGUUUUGUGGUUCUCAAUAUGCUGAUUUAGACGGUGAUAAAGAGGAAGAAGAAGAAUUGGCAACUGGUGUUCCUGAAUACAGAGGCCCUGUAAGUGCAGAGUCAGAAUUCGAUGCCUUACUACAACAAGCUCUGGCUAGAACUCGGAGGAAAUAG